GCCAAAUACCGUGAGCUCGCGCCACCCGGAUCAAACCGGCAAGUGUAUGUAAGUCGACUGUCCUCCCAACUUGAGCUUGAAGGUCGUUGCGCUCCCAUCCGUCUAACUUAUGAGGUGUUUCUCUCUCUCUCUCACGUUGGCAUGAUUUUUAUGGUGACGGAGAAGCGUCCCUUUGCUGCAAGCCGAGGGAACGACCGCGGGCAUGCCACGUUUGAUUAACAACUUGAACAGAGCGCACUGACAGGCCCGGGCCGCGAUGGCUACAGCCUGCGGUGACGAUUUCCUGGUUCAAAAUUGCUGGUCCAUGAGCCAAGGUCUCGUUUUGUAGCAUUUUACUGACGAAGGCCUGUCUGAUCGCUAUCACUCUCCGACGCGGGCCGGGACCGCGCCGUUGCGGCGUCGAGCUUUCAUGUCAAAUCCACUCUGUCCAGAGGCUCAGAUGGCGGUGGUACUGCCAACGCCGCUACAACUGAAGGCUUUGCAUGAGAAGGCAAACCACUCGGGACUGGGCCUCCGGCGGUGCAUCCAAGAGUCGGUAUCUGACAAGACGGACCGUUUUCUGGAUAGAAGUGUCCUCUCACUGUUGUCCAACACCUCUCUUACUCCAUAGCUGGUGGCAUCGCAUCAGUGCCCUCGGAUUGAGGCAUUGUCGCAACUGCGAGGGUAGCCUAUUCAUAGCACUCGCAAACGUGGGAUGGAUGUGGUGUCGGACUGUCCGGUUGGAAUUGUCUAUCUGCACGCAGGGAAGCCAUGAUCGAUACAACGAAAGGUCACGCACAGUUCAUAUUGGACCGCCAGUGAGGGCACAUAUGGGCUGCACGCAGUCUGAUCAAAUAUCGACGAAUAACAAAUCAGUUUGCCGGCAGUCACGUCAGGCUCAGUGGCGCUAUCCGGAGCCUACUUGUCAGUACCAUACGCUUAGACUCCCAGCAUUCAGCGGGUUGUCUGUCACGACAGGACUUGAACUAGGUUCAAUUGCAUCGGUCAAAAUCCGUCACAAGGCAUUCUCACAGACAACAUGACUUCCUGUCGGACGCAACCUCUACGGCGAUGCACAGAAUUGGCAGUGAAUAUUCUUUCCAAGCCCUGCAUACGUCGAUACAGCUUCCUUAUUGGUUCGCGAUGUAAUAGUCGAUGCGACACAUGGUUCUAGAAUUGUAAUCACGCCCCUGGGAGCGAGCGACAGUAGGAUCUGAGGGGUAUGUGAACACCAUCAUGAUCACCGUGUCUCUCACAGUUCCAGGGCUGCGGGACCGUUGACAGUUCGCGAACACGUCCUUUUGCGGCAGUGCGCCCUCUUUCUGUCAGGAUUCUUCUCUUCCCUCCUGACUUGCUCACCUGGCCGACGCCAUGUUUGGGGCGGCGGCAUCUUUAACUUGACAUCUCAUGAACAUCUCGUUG